AAGGCGGCGGCGGCGGCGGGGAAGCGAGAUCCGGAACAUGCGAACGGGGCGGGCUCCGGCUUCCACCGCCCCCCUUUCGGUCCAGCCCUUCCCCGCCAGGCGCUGCUCCCUGCCACAGGAAGCCCCGGCAGCGGCCUCCGAGGGCCCCGCAGGGCGAGCCACAAGGCCGAGCAGGUCCAGGUGUAUGCUGAUCCAGGCUAUUUGGACACCCUGACUCAGGUGCUGAGGACCCUCCCUCCCCCCCAAGGGGGCAGAAUGGAGUUGGAGGAGGGUUACAAUGGAAGUUCAGCCCUAGGAGCUCAAGGGGGCUUGGCUAUGUCCAUCAUUGGUGCAGAAGAUGAGGAUUUUGAAAAUGACAUUGAACCUUUCCAGCACCCGGACAGUCAAACCAGUUUGUUCCAAAACCUGGAGAUCCUGAUGAAGCACCCUGCCUACUUGAUGGUUUUCAUACAACAUGUGGUGUUGCAGUUUGAUUCAAGUCCUGUGCUCUGUUACUUGCACGUGGACCUCAUCCUAAACCGCCUUGGGCCCAAGGAAGCCAAGAAGCAAUUUGUGGAUUUUUGCCAUGCCUUCUUAGACAAAACUGGGCUGCUGAGAGUCCCUGUUCCGAAUGCGGUGCAGUUUGAACUGGACCGAAACAGGCCUGAUCUCAUCCCGGAAGACCAACUGAAAAAAUAUUUGUUGGACAUCCAAUCCUUUCAAGAAAUGGAGAUCUCCCAGCAGUUGGAGGACUUCAGGGAAAAAAGGAAAAUGGGAAUGACCCCAGGAGAGAAGGAGCUUUUCGAACUGGAAGGCUAUCGGACCAAAGACAAAGGCAUCAGAGAGGCCAAAGAGAAACAGCUGGCCGAACAGCUGAUGGUCAAACUGGAGGAGAUGCACCUCACCAUUUCUGCCGACGAGGAAAAAAGCUCAGCCAUCUUUACCGCCAUUGUCACGUAUAUGAAACAUCUGGGGGUUAAGACGAAGACAGCCGAUAACAAGAAGUCGAAAGCUAACUUUUUCCGCAAAAAGAUUUCAGGGACCAAGAAACCCGAGGAAGCUCUCAAACCAAAGAAAGGCUUUAGCAUUUUGGACCCAACCCGCUGGAACCGUGGGGAUUCCCAUUAUUCUGAUUACAGACAGCCCAAACCUGAGGGUGAAGCAGCUGAGAAGACACCAGCCUUGGACAAAAAAGCCAAGUUAACGGAAGGAACCUCCGGGCGUAGCAAAGGAACCCCUUUGAUGCAGGAUCCCUCUGGCGUGUCCGUCACUGUGCAUCCCCCACCUGGAGAGAGCAAUGACGGAGAGCAGGGGUUGGACAGUCCAGCUCUAGGAGCUGAUACAGGAGAUUCGCCGGUUGCUGAGCAGGCCCUGACUGGAGAGCAGCUCUCGCUGGAUGAAAGUGCAGAAAACGAAAGGCUGACAGGGAAGUUGGGCCGCUCGGAGAGCCUGCGGGUUUACGAGCGGAAGCGGUCUCAGCGAGGCUCAGCCAAAGGCAAACAGCCGCGUUCGCGGAGCGAUGUGGACAUCGAAGCCGCGGCCCGGGCCAACGAGCUGGAAGAAAAACCAACUCUAGAACAGGCUCGGCAGAAACAGGGAAGCCGCAAUUUGGAGCCCGGAGGGGCUGGGGGAGGGGAGCCCCCGCCGUCCUUUCUGCUUCCCCAGUCUGAGGAGUUUGAGCCGCGUGUUUCGGAACUGGAACUGGACCCGCCAAACUGGCGGGAACUUGUCCCCCCCGACACCCUCCUCAGGCUGAAGAAAAGUGAAGUGAAGCGGCAAGAAGUGAUCAACGAGCUGUUUAUCACAGAGCACGCCCAUCUGCGGAUGCUCCGUGUGUUGCUCGAAGUGUUUUACCAACCGUUGUUGACCGAGGGAUUCUUCACCGAGAGCGAACUAGUGAACAUUUUCCCCAGUCUGGAGGAUUUGAUCGACGAACACAAAGUGUUUCUGGAAAACAUGAAGAGGCUGAGGGAGGAGAAUAAUUUGAUUGUCUCCGAAAUUGGAAGCACUCUGCUGGCUAGAUUCGAUGGGUCUGAAGGAAACUGGUUUCAGAAGAUCUCCUCCCGGUUCUGUAGCCGCCAAUCUUUUGCGUUAGAACAGCUGAAGGCGAAGCAGAAGAAAGAAGCUCGUUUCAACCAGUUCAUCCAGGAAGCAGAAAGCAAACCCCGAUGCCGGCGCUUACAACUGAAGGACAUCAUUCCUAUUGAGAUGCAGAGGCUAACCAAGUAUCCGCUGUUGCUCCACUCUAUUGCCAAAUGCACUGAGGAAGCUGAGGAACGUCAGAAGGUGGAAAAAGCGGCCGAAUGUUGUCGUCAGAUCCUCAACCACGUCAACCAAGAAGUGCGUGAUAUGGAGAAUCUGCUGAAACUCAAAGACUAUCAGCGACGUUUGGAUCUCUCCAAUCUUAAACAAAGCACUGAUCCUCUACUGAGCGAAUUUCGGAACACAGAUAUCACCAAGCGAAACCUGGUGUACGAGGGACCCCUGACAUGGCGUGUUACCAAGGACAAAUCAGUAGAUGUUCACGUCCUCCUGCUGGAUGAUAUCUUGAUUCUUCUCCAGAAGCAGGAAGAGCGCCUGGUGCUCAAAUGUCACAGCCGCACAAUCACCCCAACCCCUGACGGGAAACAAAUGCUGUCCCCCAUCAUCAAGCUCAAUUCUGCCAUGACCCGUGAAGUGGCCACAGACAUCAAAGCUUUCUACGUGAUCUUCAGCUGGGAGAACGGAGCUCAGAUCUACGAACUGGUGGCUCAGACAGUGUCGGAGAGAAAGAAUUGGUGCAACAUAAUUAGCGAUACUGCUGGUUCAUUGAAGCUCCCCGCUUCCAAUGCCAAACCUCGGCUUUCGGUAACAAACCGAAACUCACCACAUAGUCCCAGCUAUUAUACGGAGACUCUGCUGGGUGGAGCAGAAAAUGGCGGCCCCCUUAAGGAGGCCCUGCAGUCAGAAGAACAAGAAAAAGAUGGAAUGCUGGAAGGUGCGGAGUAUGAGGAACGGAACCCUGUAGGUGGAGCAAAGGUGGACAAGGCGGUGGAGACCUUCAUGGCUGACCUGCAGACGUUCUGCAGAUCUCCACCUCCUGGCCAGGCCACUCUAGCCUCUGCUGCCCAGGACCGAGUUUUGGCCCUGAAGAGGCUACUUCAGAUACCAGACGAAGGAGAGUCCCUCUUUCCCGCAGAACCUACAGAUGUUUCUCCAGAGAAUGGAGACCCCCAGGAGGGAGAAGAAGAAUGGAAUGGGACUUUCAGGAUUGAAGGAGACAACAGCAGGAGGCUUCCAGCAGGUUCUAUGAAUGGCCCUCCGGAUCCAGAGUGGAGUUCUGAACAUCUGGAUAAAGAAAGUCCCCGUUUCUCCAUCGUUCUGUCCCUCCAGCAAUCUGAUGGGGUGAAGCAUCACUUAAAGCUUCUCGAAGAUGCAAUUCAGGGUCUGAAGGAUAUAGAAACAGAAUACUGGAGGCUUCAGCAGCUGAUGGGGAAGUUUACAUCAACUCAGCAAUCUGGUUCUACAUGAGAUUUGGCCAAGCAAGGCCUGUCGGAAAAAGGAAGGAAGAGACGGUGGGCUAACCCAUUUAUCCUGCCAGGCGGUUCUCUCCCAGCACGAGGCAACCUCACAGGGAUCUAAUCUGCUGCUUGAUUUGUAUAGGGAGCGAUGCUGUGGAUUUUGUACAUAGACUUUUCUGCCUAGAUCACAUUAUAAGGGGGAAAUAGUUAGAGCAGGGGUAUCCAAUUUUGACAAGUUUUAAGACCCCCCGGGGCGGGGGAGCUUCAACCCCCAGAAUCCCCCAGCUAGCCAUGCUGGCUGGCUGGGGAAUUCUGGGAGUUGAAGUCCACACAAUCUUCAAGUUGGUUCUCAGGGUUACAAAACUGGGAUCUUCUCUGUGGUGAACAAGAACUUGGGUGCCUGAGACCAGAGCCCAUAAUUCGAUGGCCUGUUUUCCUAAGAGGCUCUCAAGAUACCUCAAAGAGGGGUGUGUAAGUAGGAUGUGAACUAAUAGCUAUUUGUGCCUUCCCUCAAAAGUUCAUCCUCAGCUCCCAGGGGUGUAGCUCACCCAUUAGUGUAUUAUCUUACACACACACACACCACUGCUGUUAGAAAAUGCAGUUGCAGCCGAGCUUCCAUAGGAAGGAGAAACAAACUUUUAAAAGUUCUCCUGUUUUAUCUUCUUGGGUUAAUAUUUUAUCCUCGCAUAGAUACACAUAGGCAAACCCUGCAGACCUUCCUAUUUUUUCUACCAAUCUCGGUCUUAUGACUUAUCUGAGCUCAUUUAAUAAGGUCCACGUUUUCCGCCAGUUCUUCCUGCCCUGUUGGGCUUUCUCUCCAGCCUGUCAACUCAACCAUCUCAACUCAACCAUCUCAACCCAACUCAACCAUCGCCACCAGAAGGGUGAAAUUCAUACAAAAAUGAAGUAAGAUAGUUUAAAAAACCCAGGUUGGUACUUUCUCCAUGACACAUCUCAGGAGUACAGUUCUGAACUGCUAACUCCAGCCUUCCGUACCUUGCAGAAAAUGUUGGGUCUACAUUGAAUGAGCAGCCACAAGCCAUGUUUAGCUGGGGACUUCAGGAAAUUGUCCUCUCAACUUAUCUCCAGGGCUUCCCAGGUUAGGGAAGGCAGGUCGCCAGCGAUGGACCCGUGGACCACAGUCCUAAAGACCAUAACAGUCCACAAAUAUAAAUGUUUAAGGUUGGGUGAAAAGUUGGUGUGGCUCUGGAGUUGAAGGUGGUGCCUUUCUGAGUUGCUUAGAAGUAUCUGAGAACUUCUCCAGCGGGAGGAAGAUUAACAACAAGCGUGCUUCCUAAAAGCCUAAUUUGGUUCAUGCUACCAGUCUCGGGUUCAAAUGGGGAUAACUGAACCCUGAACGCAAUACAUCCUGAAUCCUUGGCUCCAUGCAAGGUUCCCCCUUUCCAAAGUCAACCAUUCCUGAAGCUUCAUUCCAAUUAGACCUUUCUUCUUCAUAGCGCCCCACUCCCUCAUCUUCCAUCAUCUUUUCACGGGUAGAAAACCCAUCCCUUUUCGGAUUGAAGAGUCCAAAACAGCGGGUGUCUUAACGGCCUUCUGAAUCACGGCUCGGACCAUGAGCCCGUUGCAGAAAUCGGCACUUCACGUUCAUUCCGUUCGACCUUGGACCAUGCACCCCCUACUCCUUUGCUUGCCAAUAGUGUCGCACGCGAGCCACACACACACAUGCAAGCAGCACAUCUUUUGAACCCUCCCAUAAUGCAAUGCACGGUUACCUCAGUGAUUCUGACCGCCUGCUGUCCUGUGUUCUCUUCAGCAGGUGGUGCCAUAGCUAUGUGUAGGUAUAGGUAUGUGUGCACGCAUACGCACGAUAUGUGUGCAUAACUAGGUGGUGCUACUUCUAUGUGGGUUUUUCCGGGGGGGGGGGGGUUGAGAGGCAAUUAGUUAUUCAGAUCCCGGAGGGAUUUCUCAACCUCUUUGCUCCAUGAUCCUUCUGCAAUAGUUGCAUAAGUGUCGUCGGAUACAGUUGGUCCCAGGGAACACGAUGGUUUUAAAAGUUCAGGGGUGGAAUUGGUGUGUUGGGAUCCAGGCAGCAUCCAAUCCUUCGUUUCACUUUUCCUGCCUCCUCAUUAGUUGGGCCUUUGGUUCAAUCAGGGUUGUUGCUAGGCGACCAUAGUGGGAAAACGAAGUUUCUGGUGACAGUAUGAAAAAAUGAUGGGUUAAUGGGGGGGAGAGAAAAAAUUUGGGAUAUAGGGAGGAGAAAAGUGAGGGUGGUUUACCCCACACAGGGAAUAUAGAGCAGGGGGGAAAGAGAUGAGGGACCAAUCCACCAGCAUCUUCAGAGACAGGCCUUUUAUUCAAAUGCUUCCAAGUGUCUUUAUACUGUCUUGAUAAUAUGCUUGUAUUUUAAGAAAAAACUUUUUUUUUUUUUUGUGAGGGGCGGACUGAGAAGCCGUUCCAAUGUUAAGGGAAUGAUGGGGAAUCUCCAGCACUGUUUUAUGUAGAACAAAAUCAUGUUUAGUUGUGUUUAUUUUUUUUUUUUAAAAAAAAACCAAACCAUUGCUGUACAAAGCUUGUAAACCAAUAUAUUCCACGAGAUUUUUUAUUUUUAUUUUUUUGCUUUGACCUCCCAGUAUUAUGAAGUAUAAAAUUUUAAAGGGUUGGAGAAGAGGAUGUCGGUCCUAUGAAGACCUUCUUUUCACAGCUGAUGUCUUUUGCAGUGUUAAGAAAUAUUCUCAAGAUCAUCUCUAGAACUCUCUUCCUUACAGAUACGUCAUGGCCAGCUAUGAAUCUGCCGUUCCUCUGGUUUUUUUUUUAGGGCAGAAAUUUUUCUUCUCCGUUUCUGUAAACGGGCGGUGCCCUGGUCUGUGUUUCUCGCACAGUUAGUACCACAGAAGAAAAUACUCACUUGGUGACUGGGUCAUAAUCACCAAUUCCAAAUUCUUGGGAAUUGAGAAGGAGAUCCUCCCAUUUGCCAAAUUCAGUAUUCUUAACCGAAGUCCAUAAUCCAGUGGUUUGGGGACACAUUAUAUUAAUGAAGAUCCUUAUUAUAGAGAUGGGCUAUUUUAUAAGUCUUUAUCUGUAGAGAUUUUAUUUGCUAGAGACCACACCUUAGCUCAUAACUUCCUGAGAAUCUUGAUGCUGGGAUAUUUUAACCAGCUUCUAACAAUUCGCUCUGGCUUUAUUUUGCUCUACCACACCCGCCUACCCCAAAAUAGCAGGGAUUUUAAAAUUGUAAAUACCAUUUGGGACCAAAAUAUUUAAGACGAUUUAACUCUUUUUUUUUUUUUGCAAGCUGAGCCAGGCGACUUCAAGAUUCUUAAAUAUUUAUUUGUACCCAAUCCUCUCAAUUCCACAGUCAUCUCUUUGUGUUUUGGAGAUUUUUCUGACCUGGGAAACGCAUCUCUAAAUGGAUGUGCAGUUUGGGAAUCUUCAAACCCACCCUGGACACGUGGCCCAAAGUUCAGUUUAUUUCUUCCUUUUUUUUCCUGGAGUUUUAUGGUCAAUGGUCUUGAGAAUGUUUUCAUAAUGGCGUCAUGGUUAUGCUCGAUUAAAUGUUUCAUUGUGGAUUUCAGUUCACACGUAAAGCAGAAAGUAAGCCGGGUUUAUGGAGCAGUUUUUGAUAAGAAAGAAUCAUGGGAAUGGAAGAAAGGGGGGAGGCCUCUUAAGAGGGAAGUAAAAACAAUUUUGUCAUCUGUUUAAUGAUGGGAUGAAAAGGAAGGGUAGCUAUUAAAGUGCUUCCUGUCCUUCCUUUGGAGCAUAGGGGUUAAGACUCCUGUUUUCUUGGUGCAUCCCAUCUUUUUUAUUGGCUUCCUUGGUCUGAUCCUCUCUAGAUCUGCUGGACCAGGGGUCUCCAACCUUGGUCCCUUUAAGACUUGUGGACUUCAAUUCCCAGCUUUGCUGGCUGAGGAACUCUGGGAGUUGAAGUCCACAAGUCUUAAAGGGACCAAGGUUGGAGACCCCUGUGCUGGACUGCAACUCCCAGAAUUCCUUCUAGGAAUUCUGGAGGGGAUCCAAGGCGGAAAAGAUUUGAAAGCUAUGCACAUUGCAAAAGACAGAUGAAAGCGAGCAGAGCAAACCAAAGACAAUCUUGUAAAAAGAUAUAUGUGAAUAAUAUUCAUAUAUGUAUAUAUAUAUAUAUGAAUAUAAUAAGAAAUAAACCUUAUCUUUCCAUU